UGCAAGUCCUCUGUCCUCGUGAUACAGACGCCGUGUUGACAACAAAGCAGCGCGCCCUCCCAACCACUCUCACCCUCAUCACCUUCCUUCCACUGCCCAAUGCUCUUUUCAUUUCCUUUCCAUUCAUUCCCCAGGAAUCUUUUCUCGCCCGCCGCAACGUUUCUCCCUUGAUUCAAACUUUUCCCAAUCCCUUUCUUUCUGAUUUUGUGCGCGCCAGAUGUUGAAUGGUGCGGUGCUUAUGCUUUCCCAAUAAUAUUCAACCUGCCCGUUUGGGUUUCCAGGUGCGGUUAACAAAACAUAUGAUUCUUGGACCUUUGCCUGACAGUAGAGUUGUACUAUUAAGGGAUAUCAUCUUUUAGCAGAGAAUCAGUUUCAUGGUCCCCUGCUAUUCAUAAUGACAGUUGCUAGAAGGACUGCCAUGGCUUUCAAGACUUAUCAGAACCAUGCUGAGACAUUGGUUAAGAACUAUGUGCUCUCUGAUCCUUUUAUUCCAUACACUUCUGUACUUGGUGGCAUGUUUGCUUGCAAAAUGGUCUAUGAUCUAUCUCAAUUGAUCAGUACAUUUUACUUCAGGAGUUACAUUACCCUUACGAAAAUUCAACGGACCGAAUGGAAUAACCGUGCCAUCUCAACCAUCCAUGCCAUCUUCAUUUCUAUUAUGUCUUUGUACUUUGUCUUCUGGUCCGAUCUUUUCUCUGAAGAUUAUCCUGCUGGCCUUCUGACUUUCCGAAAUUCAUCAAUGUCAACCUUUACAUUAGGGAUCUCUAUUGGGUACUUUAUUGCAGAUCUUGGAAUGAUUUGCUGGCUUUAUCCUGCUCUAGGUGGAAUAGAGUAUGUUCUUCAUCACGCCCUUUCAGGAAUUGCUGUAGCAUAUUCCAUGUUUACGGGAGAAGGGCAACUUUAUACUUUCAUGGUGCUCAUAUCUGAAUUAACGACCCCAGAGAUCAACAUGAGAUGGUAUCUUGACACGGCUGGAUUGAAGAGAUCGAGUGCGUAUGUGAUCAAUGGUGUUGUGAUUUUUAUUGCUUGGUUGGUUGCCAGAAUUCUGUUGUUUGUUUACAUGUUCUAUCAUGUAUAUUUCCACUAUGAUGAGGUGAUGCAAAUGCACCCCUUUGGAUCUCUCUUGGUAUUUGUAGUGCCCGCAAUUCUUAGUGUAAUGAACCUGAUGUGGUUUGGGAAGAUUGUUAAGGGAUUGAAGAAGACGUUGGCAAAGACGCAGUAAAUGAACUCCUUAGUAUGAUUUCUUCUUCACCCACCCCAUGUUAAUACGAUUUCCUAGCAACCUUUCUAUUGUACAAAAUACGAACUGGCUGGCAGAUACCGAGAGAGAAGUAGAUGGGACUCGAGAAAAUGACUGAAAUAUGGAGGAGACUAAACAAUAGCGUAGCUAUUCUACUUAACUGUCGAAAAGGAAAAGAUAAAAAGAAAAAAAUGCGCUUGUGUUGUUUGUUUAGAAGGUGAUGCGUAAAACUGGGUUUCAAGAGAAUCUGAGAAUGGUUUCUUUCA